AUGCUGACGAGGCUGCCACACAUUUCCAUCAACACCCUCACCAAGAACAUCCACAUCGGCUUCCGCAAAAUGGCCAACGUCGCGGAUCAUUAUAACGACCCCGUCUCGAUCGCCGUCAUUGGCGGCACCGGCCUCCAAUCUCUCCCUCACUUCACCCACGUCGCCACCCUCAAACCCUCCACCCCAUGGGGCACUCCCUCCUCGCCCAUCUCCAUCCUCCACCACCCCUCGCCCUCCACCGGCAAGCCCAUCCCCAUCGCUUUCAUCUCCCGCCAUGGCCUGCACCAUGAGCUCGCACCUCACGAAGUCCCUGCCCGCGCCAACAUCGCCGCCCUCCGACACCUCGGCGUACGCACCAUCAUCGCCUUCUCCGCCGUAGGAAGCUUGCAAGAGGAGAUCAAGCCACGAGACUUCGUUGUGCCAGACCAGAUCAUCGAUCGUACGAAGGGAAUCCGCCCAUUCACGUUCUUCGAAGGCGGCAUGGUCGGUCAUGUUGGGUUCGCAGACCCCUUCGACAACAAGGUCGGCAAGAUAGUACGGCAAUGCGGACACAGCUUGGAGGGUGAAGGAGUGAGACUGCACGACAAGGGCACGAUCAUCUGCAUGGAAGGACCACAAUUCUCCACCCGCGCAGAGAGCAACAUGUACCGCUCCUGGGGUGGCAGCGUGAUCAACAUGUCUGCAUUGCCGGAAGCCAAGCUGGCGAAAGAGGCUGAAAUCGCAUAUCAGAUGAUCUGCAUGAGCACGGAUUACGACUGCUGGCAUGACAGCGGCGACGUGACGGUCGAGAUGGUCAUGGGGAACAUGAAGGCGAACGCGGAGAACGCGAGGAGAUUUGUCGGUGCGGUGUUGGAUGAGUUGAGCAAAGAGGAGCACAAUGAAGUCGUGCUGGCGAAGCACUUGGAGGGUGAGAUGAAGUUUGCGGGUGGUUUGACGGCCGCUCCUGGAAGAAGUGCGGAGGCGAAGACGAAGCUGGGGUGGUUGUUCCCGGGUUACUUCGAUUAG